AUGGGGUUUCUUGGAUUUAUUCUCAGUGUCCUGCUUGUUCUCAUUAAUUCACAGAACAAUCUUGCCUGCGCCCAAAAUUGUUGGAGAAAUACGCCGUGUCGAAGUAUACAACAGGCUAGUUUCCCCGGGGAAUGGGAGGCGAACAUUUUUGCCCCUUCAUCUCGAGCAGUCUCCCCGUCAGCUCUUCUGGACUACCACAGUGGAGAACAUGUCAGCUCAUGGAACGGAAAAACUGCUUUGGGUAGGGACAGAAUCGGCCUUGUCUUGGAUUUUGGGCGCGAAGUUGGAGGAAUUGCCACCAUCGAUUACAAUGUAUUUUCAGUCGAAGGGAACGGAGCCAUCGGCAUAGCCUUCACGGAAGCCAAAAACUGGAUAGGGCCGGAUUCAGACUACUCGAGCGGCAAUGGCGCAUUUUCUGAUGGCGCCUUGUACGCCAACUUCUCCAAAGUGGGCAACUUCAACUACAUCAUGCCCGAUGAGUAUCUCCGCGGCGGAUUCCGAUACAUGACGCUGUUCCUCGUGGCGGAAGCAGCUUCUAUCAGCAUCAACAACGUGACUUUGGAAAUUGCUUUUCAACCGACUUGGGCCAAUCUGCAAGCCUAUCAAGGAUAUUUCCACAGUAGUGAUGCCCUACUCAACAAAAUAUGGUACAGUGGAGCUUAUACUCUCCAGACCGCUUCUAUACCUCCUUCCACGGGUCGGGCCUGGCCUGCCCCCGCAAGUGGAUGGAGCGAGGUUGGUGAACUGGGGCCAGGAUACACCAUCCUCACUGACGGUGCAAAGCGAGAUAGGACUGUCUGGCCUGGCGACCUAGGUGUUGCUGUCCCCGCAGCGGCUUACAGCACCGGCGAUCUCGAGAGUGUGAAAAACGGGUUGCAAGCCAUGUACGACGACCAGAAUUCAUCCACUGGUCAAUUCCCAUUCUCUGGACCACCGUUGAUGGCCACAGGUAGUGAUACAUAUCACAUGUGGACGCUGAUUGGAACAUACAACUACGUUCUUUACUCGGACGACACCGACUUUCUGAGAGCCAAUUGGGAGAGUUAUAUAGCGGCCAUGUCGUUCAUCCUCGACCAAGUUACGGACUCGGGCCUCCUCUUUGUGAAGUCGGAUACUGCCGACUGGGGACGAUUCGACGCCAACGGAACUUUGACUUCGGCACAAUCACUUCUCUACCGCUCUCUGGUGACUGGCGCGACGCUUGCCAGCUGGUUGGGCGACACAGACGGGCAAGGCGAGACAUGGCUGCAGAAAGCGAGUGAAAUCCAGGAUCUCACCAAUGCCAAGCUCUGGGAUGCCUCUGCCGGUGCCUUCUACGAUGCCGUAGAACGACCAGAUAUCCACUCGCAAGAUGGCAACUCCUUGGCCGUUCUCUUUGGAAUCGUUAACGCAUCAUCCACCAAAGCCACAGAUAUCUCCAGCUACCUUACCCAGAACUGGACCCCCAUUGGCGCCCAAUGCCCCGAGCUCAGCGGUGAAAUAUCUCCCUUUAUUUCCUCCUUCGAGAUUCAAAUGCACCUGCUAGCUGGCGAGACCCAGCGCGCCCUUGACCUCAUCCGCACCAGUUGGGGCUGGUACCUCAACAAUCCCAAUGGCACACAAAGCACCAUGAUCGAGGGCUACCUGACCGACGGUACGUUCGGCUACCGCUACAACGCGGGCUAUGGCACGUACUCGAUGACCUCGCAUUCGCACGGCUGGUCGACUGGCCCCGUAACUGCACUGACGGAACAUAUACUGGGAUUGAGCAUCACGGGGCGGGCGGGGAAGACGUGGCGGCUUGCACCUCAGCCGGGGGACUUGACGAGUGCGGAAGGCGGAUUUACCACGAAACUGGGGGAAUUCUCGGCGAGGUGGUCGCUGGACGCGAAUGGGUCUUUCAAGCUCGAUUAUCAGACCCCUGAGGGCACGACGGGGGAUGUGGUGUUGCCGAUGGCGACCGACAAGGCAGCGAGGAAUGUGCUGGUCGAUGGGGCUUCGCCCACGAAGAGGAGUUCCUGGGCCAUCCUGGGUAGCAGGGAAGCUAGGAAGGUUGUUAGAAUACGUGGGGAUGGGGGCAAGCACAGCAUUUUCAUCAAGUAG